GCCCCUUCUUCCCCGUGCUCCCUCGACCCCAUCCCUGCCCGCACGCCGCCUUUGAGGUGGGGCUCCUGGAGAGUGCACUUGCUCUGUGUCCGAACUCCUCCUGGUGACUGUGAGCAGAGCUGAUGUUGAGGAGCACACCCCAGCCAGCCCCUAGCUCCCCAUCUUCCCCAAGUAGGGGCUGUUAGAAAACCUCACUUUUUUCUUUCCCCUUUUGUAUGGACUAUGAAUAAAACUUGGGGCAAUUUGCAGUUUGGAAACCUGGUUGUCAUUGUCUUGAUUGAACUCAUUGUCACCAAGGAACCAGUGGUGACAUCCAGAAAGAUGUGGCAGCUAAAGUGAGGCCACCUGGACUUUGAUCCCAGAAAUCCAAGGGGUCAGAACCAUUAGGCUGUGUGCUACAGGAAGCAGUCAGUCAGCCAUCUCCCCCCAGAAGGCCACUGGGAGGUGACCACCUUGAUGUGCCUGGCUUGUGGUGCCUGUGCUUCAGGGUACCUGUACUUGGGGUGAUUGGGAAGGAGAAGGAAAUGGCACAGGGGGCAGCUGGCAUGGACAUCCCACUUGUCGAGAGCCUCACUGGAGCCUCUCUGCUCCAUCCUGCCAUCGCCGUCACCUGCGCCUGCCUCCUAAUGUUAGUGGGGCUCUGAAGUAGCCUUGUGGUAGCCUCUGGGCUUGUUGUACUAAGUUCAGAUAAGUGGGAAGCAGCAGGGGAUGAAGAGCUGCAACUUUUUUCCUGGCCGUGGGACCCAGGCAGUGGAGGAAGCCUGAGGAUUUAACUUUGCUAUUGGAGUCUGGCCAGGAGAAGUUGGUUCCUGCUUUUCUUGAGCCAAAUUUCAUAUUACCUGGGCGGGUAAAAUCUUUGAUGUGGGAUUCCCAAUAGAGCCUUCCUGUAGAUGGCAUCCUGGAAUGACCAGGCCAGCCAUGACUCCCACUCCUAGACUGUCUUUGAGGGAGAAGCCAGUGCCUUGGCCUCCUAGCUCACUUCUUACUAUUGAGCUCUCACACCUACAUUGGGCUCACCAGGAACUUCCAGACUAUGAUGAAUUCCAAGAAAUUGUAGACUUGAAUUCUCUUUUCCUUCUCUCUACUUCCUCUUUUUUCCCCCCCCUUUAUUCUCUUGAAGGGAGUGGUGGGAUGUGGAGUGGGGAGGGCAAGAUCUCAUCCCCCCCACUGGGGUCAUUUGUAAGACUUCAUAGAUAGAACUCAAUCUGUCACUGGGUCCUGGGAAAUAGACUAAGGUGUCUGCAUUUUAUUUUUCAUGCUGGAACAUUGGCGAGUUGGCCAUAAUACUUCAGUUUGUAACAACAUUUCUCUCUUGUCACUCUGAUUUCCUAUCUUCUCACCUUUCUCUUCUGGUGGGGGGUGGGUCUUAAUUGUCUGUCCUUAUUGCAGCCCAGGGCAAGCAUUUACCUGGAUGUAUCUACUUGGAGCCUGGAUGAGCACCCUAACCAGUUCUAGUUCCUGGGACUGGAGAGUCCAGGCUCAGGCUCCCUGGACCUCUCCCCUCUCCCGAGUUCCUCCUUGGCUAACAAGGACAAGCCAUAAACAGAUCUUCGGCCAACUAGCUUCCCCGCCUGACCUAUCCCUUUCCCAGGAGUGUCAGGGGUGUCUGACAGUCUUAUUUCAGCUGUUUUUUCAUCACCUCUCCUGUUCCUGUUAAUGUCUUUCUGACUUUGAGGGUCCUGCCUCCUUGAAGAAGGGUGGAGGCAAGUGGCAGGUUAGGGGUUGGUGACAGGUAUGAAUUUUGCCUUUGUGGGCACCCCCACAACCACGUGUACCUUGGAUUUGGGGGAGUAGAACCAAAUGAAGAUGCUGGUGGGUGGGUAGGUAGAAGCCAGGCUCCAGACUGGCUGCCUUUACCUGACCAUGUGCCCACUACUUGUGCUUCUUGCUAAAUCCUCCAUGGUGUCCCAGGUUCCUCUCUUCAAUGAUGAUCAGGUUUGGGAAAAAUCAGGACACCAACUGCAGCACAAGCUCUGGCUCAUACUUCAUUGAACCUCUUCGCUUUUUUUUUGUAUCUCAGGGUUUUUUUACAGACAUCUUUUUAGGUGACACUUUUCCCCCCAAUGCACUAGUCAAUGCCAUCUUGGUCCCGUAGACCUUGGCUCUAGAGUUCCAGGGUUUAAAUGCAAGAAGCAUUGUGACUCAGAGAUGAAAUGAUGGGGUGUUCAUUGUCCCUACAAGCUUAGCGAUCCUUGCUGAGUGACUGGGAGAGCUGGAAUUGGGCAUAAGGAGGUGCUUUCAUCUGGCUCUGACUUAGUAGAUAUCUUGAUGUUGAAUCUUGGGGGGGGGGGGCCAAGCAGAGCCUAGGUGCAGUUCAGCGAUUCAACCAGCCUGUAUUAAGAGCCUCCUUCUGUGCAAUGGACUCUAUUGGGGCUGGGAAUGAGAAGAGCCCAAAGCACAACCCCUUCCCCUUAGGUUCAAGCUGCCAUCUUAGUGGGAGAGAUGGCCAUAGUUUCAAACCAUUUAAAUUAUCAGGUGACAGGAGUUGUACAAACAUGUUGGAACAGUUAAGAGGGGGAAUAUUUCAGCUGAAGAACGGGAGGGGCUUCCCAUUGGACUUUUAAAGCAUAUAUUGGCCUCCACAGCAUAUUGAGCUGACCUAUGGAAAUACAAGCUCUUGGAAUCCAGAACUGGAAAUAACUUUUGGAUUCCUGUCCACAGCAAGUUCUGUUGACUUAUGUUGGGAGGAGAAUGGGCUUGGCCAUUCCCUGGGUCCCAUUCUCAUCUAUAAUGGGGUUGAUCUACAGGAUUUCUUCACUCUUUGGGUCCUUGAUGCUUUGGGGAAACCUGUGGACCUCUCAGCUGGAUAUUUCUAAAUGCCUAAAAUAAAAUGUAUAUGAUACAAUGGGAAACCAAUAGUAUCAAAAUAAAGGUGUAAGUUUUUUUUUUCCCCUCAUUCAAAUUCAAGGAUGUCUUGAAAUUAUCCAUGGAGGUGAACCCCAGUUUAAGAAGACUUGGGCAAGCUUUCUCAGGUCUGUGUCCCAUCCUGCCCCCCCUUACCCCCCAAACCAAGGUUGAGACUUCUAUGGAGCAGGGUUCAGAUCUCUUGGGGAAUGAAUAAUCAACUGGGAAAGGAGUUGGCUGGAAAAUGGAUGUUUUUGACCUUUCUUAAAAAGCUGGGCUCUGAGACUACUGACUUCUGGGAGGAAGUUGGUUUUUUUUUUUUAACCCUUACUUUCCAUCUUGGACUCACUACUAAAAGUAUUGGUUCCAAGGCAGAAGAGUGAUAAGGGCUAGGCAAUGGGGGUUAAGUGACUUGCUCCCGGGGUCACACAGAAGUGUCUGAGGCCAGAUUUGAACCCAGAACCUCCCAUCUCUAGGCCUGGCUCUCAAUCCACUGAGCCACCCAGCUGUCCCCAAGAAGAGACUGAUUUAAAGUGAGGGUGUCAGGGGGAAAGGGAAGUGUAUAUGGGAGGAGACAGAAGUUUAUAAGAUUGAGUUAACUCAGAUUGCCUGUGAAGUUUACAAAGCCCAUCACAAUCAUUGGAAAGGGGCUUAUUUAGAGUUCAUAAGGGGAAUGAUUUGCCCAGUUACCAAGUUUAAAAGGGGUCCAGGCCACAUUUCUGGACUCUUGAAUUUUAGUGGCUUUGCCAGCCCCCCACCACAUUGACAGGUCAGGUUUUCUGAGCUGGGCCCUGGGAGGCCUGGAUGCUCUGCAAGUGGAGACCUGGCUCAUAGUGAUCUUUUUCCCUCCCCACCAAGGUCUUUCUACCAUUGUGGUAUGGCCUCUGCUUCCACCUGGCUGCCUAGGCUCUGCUAAUAAGUGGCUUAUGUCUGUUCUAGAUGGUUGAUUUCUUCUUGGCCCCCAGGACCCAGUGGUUUAUUCAUUAACCAAUGUAACUCACAGCCAAAUAACAAUCCCUAACUCAGUCCAGUUUCUGGACUCACUUCCAAGGAAUGAGAUGGCGAGUUUGGGUUUAAUCGGAGUCUCUUUCCUGGGUUAGCAGCUUGGUUUGGUUGCCAUCUCUAAGGAGAACCCACAACUGAUGCAAUAGCUUCAUCCUGGCAUUUAAUGGAAAAACAUCACAGCUGGGAGGAACUAGACCAUCUCUUCUGAAGGGGGAUUUUCCUGACCCUGCUCUUCAGCCAGCCAGUGCCUUGGCCAGGCAAUGGGCCCACUUCUUGAAGGGGCAUGUUGAAGGCUUUAACUAGGAUUUAAAACUGAACAAGUGCUUGGCUUCUUAGCCUGGGAACUUAUUCAAUAUUUGGGUCUCUAUUUCAGUAUAGCUGGUCUCCUUUGUAACACUAUGUAUUUUAUGCAUUUACCAACAUUCUGAGAGAGGAUCCAAAGCUUCACCAGCCCCAAAGGAGACACCACUCCAGGACUAGUGCAACCUCAUUUUAUAGAUGAGGAAAAAGGUCCAAAUACAGCAAGUGACUCCUUAUCCAAGGUCAUCUAGACCCUCCUGCCUGGCCCUGCAGUGCCAGCAGCCAGUGGGAGUGUUUGUUUUCAAAGCCAGGUAGUGAUUUUGCUGUAGCUACUUUGUUGACUGCAAAGGAUGAUGGGAGUUUGGGGCCUGAGAUUGGCAACAUCUUUGUCACUGAUGUGGAGGAGGGGUUGGGAAUUUGUCAACCUGAGCAAUUUAGAGGGGACUCCAACUUUAGCACUUGGGUACCUGUUUGCCUGUCAUCGGGCAAUUUGCACAACUAUUCAGGUUGUAUGGACCUGUCAAAAUCUUCAACAUUGAAGCCAAACAAUGUCUUGAAUUUCAAUCUAUUAAACCAUUAAAAAGCCAGUCUUCCUGAUCAUUAAAACAAAAACACUGUAAUCUAAAUUGCCAAAAAAGGGAACUACUUUGUCACCUUGACCCCAUCAUUUUUUGGCCCUGGACCACAAGAGUGCACAGUGUGUUGAGGGACCAAUCAAGUCAUUUCUUCCAUUUCUGAUAUUACAUAUUCAGUCUCCCUCCAGCUCUGACAUUCCAUGUUCUAAGGUCUUUUCCCUGUUGCCCAGGGUGGACAUUCUGUGUGCCUUGUUUCAAGGUCUUUCCAGUUCUGACAUGUCCAAGGGUUCUGUGCUCCCUGCCCAGAGACUGUAUUGGGAAAGGCAGUGCAGACCCUGGCCCUAGAAGCUGAGGGCAAGGAGCCUUUCUCUCCUGCUCUGUACUGCGUUAAUAAACGGGUAUGAAUUGAACCAGGGUUUUUUGCAGCACAAGUGUGUAAAGGAAGUAACCAGGUCCGUGGGCCUUUGGGGUGCUGUUAAACAUCAUGUUUAACAUUCUUUUAUGUUAAAUGUUAAACAUUCUUGACUCCAGGAAAUUGAUAUCAGAGCUCUUAAAAGUCUCCAUUUUGUUCUAACCAUUGCUCAUUGUCUGGGCAGCAUCAGAAGGAAAGAAGCGAGUAUUCAAUGCCUAGUAUGUGCCAAGAGCUCAAGUGGCCCUCACGGCAACCCUGGGAGGUGACGGACGUGUUUCGCAACCAACCAGGAGGAGGGCCCGCCUGGAACACCGGCCCCCCUCGCUCGUCGGCGUGGCCAAUCGGGCGGCAGGCCGAGCUCCCCGUCUUUCCCCGGAGUCGCCGCUGCGGCCGUCGCCAUUUUAGCGUUUUGUCAGAGGCGCGAGGAGGAGGCUGUGCCGCGUCCCGUGCGGGCCUCGUCGUCGAGAUGGUGAAGCUGUUCAUCGGCAACCUGCCCCGCGAGGCGACGGAGCAGGAGAUCCGCGCGCUGUUCGAACAGUAUGGCAAGGUGCUCGAGUGCGACAUCAUCAAGAACUACGGCUUCGUGCACAUCGAGGACAAGACGGCGGCCGAGGACGCCAUCCGCAACCUGCAUCACUACAAGCUGCACGGCGUCAACAUCAACGUGGAGGCCAGCAAGAACAAGAGCAAGGCCUCCACCAAGCUGCACGUGGGCAACAUCAGCUCGGCGUGCACCAACCUGGAGCUGCGCGCCAAGUUCGAGGAGUACGGGCCCGUCAUCGAGUGCGACAUCGUCAAGGACUACGCCUUCGUGCACAUGGAGCGCGCUGAGGACGCCGUCGAGGCCAUCCGCGGCCUGGACAACACCGAGUUCCAAGGCAAACGAAUGCACGUCCAGUUGUCCACCAGCCGGCUUCGGACUGCGCCCGGGAUGGGAGACCAGAGCGGCUGCUAUCGGUGUGGGAAAGAGGGCCACUGGUCCAAAGAGUGUCCAGUGGAUCGGACGGGCCGCAUGGCAGACUUGGCCGAGCAGUACACUGAGCAGUACGGAGCCGUCCGUGCGCCCUACGCCAUGGGCUACGGGGAGUCCGUGUAUUACAGUAACGCGUACGGAGCGCUUGAUGCCUACUACAAACGUUGUCGAGUUCGGUCGUACGAGGCAGUGGCGGCGGCGGCGGCAGCCUCCGCGUACAACUACGCAGAGCAGACCCUGUCCCAGCUGCCACAAGUCCAGAAUCCGGCCAUGACCAGCCACCUCACCUCCACCUCUGUCGACCCCUACGACAGACACCUGCUGCCGACCUCGGGAGCUGCCGCCGCCACCGCCGCCGCUGCCGCCGCCGCCGCCGCCGCCGUCACUGCAGCCUCCACCUCCUACUAUGGACGGGACCGGAGCCCCCUGCGUCGUGCCCCCACAGUCCCUACUGUAGGAGAGGGCUACGGCUAUGGGCACGAGAAUGAGCUGUCCCAGGCCUCGGCGGCAGCCGCUGCCGCCCGGAAUUCUCUGUAUGACAUGGCGCGGUAUGAGCGGGAGCAGUAUGCGGAUCGGGCGCGGUACUCAGCCUUUUAAAGCUCGAGGUGGGAUGUGUGGGGGCUUCAGCCCCGGGCUGCGGUUGUGCAUGAGAAUUCACCCUUCGUGGUCCCCCAUCUUCGGGAUGUUCUCACAGCUCUGUGCGUUGGGCCCCUCAGGAACCACGGACCUUAAUUUAACCUUGCUAAGUUGAGACUCUCUCCCCUGCUCCCCUUGUUCUUCAGUACCUUCCCACUCAUGUUCUGUUCUCCCAGUAGCCUUUGCUAUGUCCAGAAACUGUGGCAGGGGUUGUACUGUCUCUCCCACUCAUGUCCUGCUUUCACUGGGUGCUGAAUUGGGGGAUCACUACAGUUGCAGGGGGGCUCCGGCUCCUUCUUCCCCGUUUUGCCCCUAGUGGCUUGCGAUGGGUAGACAUGUAGAGUUGGUCACUUUUUUUUUUCCAGUGAAAUAAAUGUUUUUCAAUUUA